AUGGAGCCGUAUCAAUUUCGCGGAAACAAUAGUUUUGAUAGAAGCAAGGCCCCCCGCCAUCCCAUGCGCAGUCGCGGGAACCGCACAUCCAGAGAAAAUUUCACUUUUCGUCAUCCACACACUUCCGAGCGCCCACUACUAAGCUUUCAACGCGAGAGAACCCCGGAGCAGCUGGUUUCACAGACAGGGAGCAAACCUGCUUUUAAAUUUUUGAUGGGUUCUACUACUGGAGACAGCAAGGAGCACCCAGUGGAGCUUUCCGAUUCGGACGAAGAUUCUCAUCCGCGCAAAAAACGCAAUAUGGGAGGUUCCGAUGGUAAUUUGGAUGCUGAGAGUCAGAUUUCGCUGCAGCCAGCACAAGCAACUACCAAGUGGUCUAACCCAGACCCUUACACUGUUCUGCCUCCCCCGGAUGAGGGCCGGGCCAAACGAACUGACGUGAUUGCGCUGAUUCGUAAUGCGAGAAAUCCUAAUGCUGCAGAAAAAUCCAAGACACAAGAUGCUGUUACUAAGAACGAGGAUUUCAUUUCACUGGGGCCUGUAGACAACUCGCAACACAAUGCACCCGACGAUGCCCCCGUGAAAAUGCCGAAGCGAACUCGUGACGAUGAACCUAAGGGUUUUACAACCAAACUUGGAAAAUCACGUGGGCACAAUGACGGCGGAACUAUUCUAGAUCAGUUGCGGGAGCUUCCUGGUCGGGACAUGCCGCCUUGGCAUACCAGUUCGUCGGAGCAACUUCUUCCCUCGACGCAGCUUCACUACGAGAUCCUUGCAUUUUUCGAUUGGAUCAAGCCAGAGCGCCACGAAGAAAUUGUUCGAGCUGACCUUGUCACACGACUGGAGAAGACGCUCCAGAUCCAUUACCCUGGCUCAAAGCUGCGUGCAUUUGGAUCCUUCGCGUCUGGAGUUUAUUUGCCAACUGCUGACAUGGAUCUCGUCCUUCUGUCCAAGCAAUGGCAGAACUUCGACCGCAACACGCCCUUCGAUAGCCGAAAAUCGAUUUACGAGGUUUCGAAUCGUCUGAGAAAGUCUGGAUUUGCUGUCUCUGGGUCAAUUGAAACUAUUGCUCACGCAAAAGUGCCGAUUGUUAAAUUCGUUGACAAGUUGACUGGGCUUCGCAUCGACUUGUCCUUCGAUAAUGAAAGUGGCCUUCUUGCCAAUGACACGUUCCAGGAUUGGAAGCAAGACUACCCUGUCAUGCCGAUGAUUUUGGCAGUGAUCAAACAAUUUUUGCUUCUACGUGGUCUGAACGAGGUGCCCACAGGUGGCCUCGGGGGCUUUGCUAUUACUUGCCUCGUGACAAGCUUGCUCCAGCACAUGGCAGAGCCUGAACGGCAAAAUCUAGGUCAUAUCUUGCUACAUUUCUUCAAGUUUUAUGGAGACCAGUUUGAUUAUAUUUACACCGGUAUCCAGAUGGACCCACCUGAAUACUUUUACAAGACGAGACAUGACGGAAAGCCUCGUAUCAUGAUAAUGGAUCCUAACACCGCUCAUAACGACGUCUCUGGCGGAACCAAAGAAAUAGCUUUGAUCCUGAAAGUUUUCAGUGAUGCAUAUCGCUCGAUCACAUCUGAUAUGCAUGAUGCGACGGAGAACCCUGGAGAACGCUAUAGCUUCCUCCAAAACAUCCUUGCUGGGAACUUUGAAGCGUAUCAGGAACAGCGCGACCAAUUGCUUCGUGUUUAUGAAACAGCUCCUCAAUUCUAUCAGCGUCCCGGAUCUUCGCGCUAUCGUGCACAUACCCCUCCUCCUCCCCCUCCUCCUCCCCCUCUUCCCCGUUCCCUCCCUCCACGCCCACCGACUGCUCAUUGGUGA